CCUGCUGGCCACACUUAAUGCAUAGUUGGAUCUCACUGGGCUUCUGGUCCCAAGGCACACUUUUAAUUCAUGGCCAACCUGUUAACCAUCCGGUUACCCAGACUCUUCUCCACUGAGCUCCCCUCCAGCAGGUCAGCCCCUGAACUGUACUGAUGCAUGCAUAAAGUUGGCAUUAAGGUCCCUUUCAACCCAACCCACUCUAUAUGGGGACAUGGUAUCCACACCAGUCGAGGACCCACCCUUAACUCCUAGGAACACCUGAGGGAGCAGUCAAACCCGCAGCAGCCAAAUCUGCCCCUUCCCAUUUCCAAGCACCCCACACGCAGCCCGUUCCUCAGGCAGCCUCUUUGUUUUCCCUCUAGUCGCCGUUCGGGGACGAGGCUCUGGGGACCCCGAACCCGCCCGGGGGCGGUCGCUGCGGCACUCCGCUCGGGACAAAGCGCAGGGGCCCCACGGGGAGCUCGACGAGUCCCGUUCGCAGCGCACGCCCCGGCGGCCGGAAGACGGGGCGGGGGGUGAGGGGUGGGGAGAGGGGAGGACCGGCCCAGCCCGGCUGAAAAGGAGGGCUCGCUCGCCCGUCGCCCCCACCACCGGCGCCCCGCGAGCCCCGCCGGCGUUGCUCGUGGUGGGGGCGGCGGGCGGAGCACCAUGGCCGUGUCGUGGAGGAGCUGGCUGGCUAACGAGGGGAGCAAGCACCUCUUUCUGUUUUUCUGGCUCUCACUGAACGUGUGGUUCUUCUGGAAGACCUUCCUGCUGUACUGCCGAGGGUUGCAGUAUUACUAUCUGCAUCAGAUGUUAGGGCUAGGAUUGUGUGUUAGCAGAGCUUCAGCAUCUGUCCUCAAUCUCAACUGCUGCCUGGUCCUGCUCCCAAUGUGCCGCAUCCUCUUGGCCUUCCUCAGGGGAUCUCAGAAGGUUGCCAGCAGGAAGACCAGAAGGCUGAUAGACAAAAGUAAAACUUUCCACGUGACAUGUGGUGUUACAAUAUGCAUCUUUUCAGUCUUACAUGUUGCUGCUCAUCUGGUGAAUGCUCUUAACUUCUCUGAGAAUUACAAUGAAGAUUAUCUGGCAAUAAAUGCAGCAAAUUAUCGUGGUGAGGACCCAAGGAAACUGCUUUUUGCUACUGUUCCAGGUCUGACUGGAGUCAUUAUGGUUUUAGUGCUAUUCCUAAUGUGUACAGCAUCUACGUAUGCCAUCAGGGUUUCAAACUAUGACAUCUUCUGGUAUACCCACAACCUUUUCUUUGUCUUCUAUAUACUGCUGAUGCUGCAUGUUUCUGGGGGAGUGCUCAAGUACCAGACCAACUUAGAGGAACACCCACCUGGUUGCUUUAAUCCUAACAAAACGCUCCUAGGGAAUAUGACAGUGCUGAAGUCUUUUGAAGAGCUGUUUCCUGACUAUACUACUGAGCCUUUCCCAGAGGACUUAACAUUUCCAGAACCCCUUGUACAAAGUAACUUUAUGAGAAUUUGUUCCAAGGAACCCAAGUUUCAGUCGCACUUCCCAGAGACGUGGUUUUGGAUUUCUGGACCUCUGUGCUUGUACUGUGUAGAAAGACUGUACCGCUACAUCCGCAGCAACAAGCCAGUCACAAUAACGUCAGUGAUAAGCCAUCCCUCCAAUGUCCUUGAAGUAAGGAUGAUCAAAGAUGACUUCCGAGCAAGGCCUGGUCAGUAUGUUAUUCUACACUGUCCGAGAGUGUCUGGACUGGAAAGCCAUCCAUUCACCCUUACAAUGUGCCCUACAGAUACCAAAGCAACGUUUGGGGUCCACCUUAAAGUAGUAGGAGACUGGACAGAAAGAUUUCGGGAUUUACUGCUUCUACAGUCAAAUCAAGAUGCAGAGAUUCUGCCCAUCUUUCAGCAGAGGCGCUAUCCCAAACUGUACGUGGAUGGACCUUUUGGAAGUCCCUUUGAGGAAUCCUUGAACUAUGAAGUCAGCCUCUGCGUGGCUGGUGGUAUUGGAGUUACACCAUUUGCAUCAGUACUCAACGCUCUGCUUGAUGACUGGAAAUGCUACAAACUGAGAAGACUCUACUUCAUCUGGGUAUGCAGGGACGUCGAAUCUUUCCGCUGGUUUGCAGAUUUGAUCUGUAUGCUGCAUAACAAGCUCUGGCAAGAGAAUCGACCAGACUAUAUAAACAUCCAGCUGUACCUCAGUCAAACAGAUGGAAUACAGAAAAUAAUUGGAGAAAAGUAUCAAGCCCUAAACUCAAGGCUUUUGAUUGGACGACCCCGGUGGAAACUCCUUUUUGAUGAAAUAGCGAAGUAUAACAGGAGGAAAACCAUUGGAGUUUUCUGUUGUGGACCAAGCAAGAUGUCUAAGAUACUUCAUAAACUGAGCAACAGCAGCAACCCUUACGGGACGAGGUUUGAGUAUAAUAAAGAGUCCUUCAGCUGAAACUCUGUUGAACUUGGAAGAAUCUCCAGAAGAUAAAAGUGCAAUUUUUUGUUUGUACAACUUUAAAGUUCCACUGUGGUUUAAACAGAAAUGUACCAAAGAGUAGCACAGUUUUUCUUAUUUAUGAUUAUUUAAGACUCUGGAAAAUGAUGGAUAUGGCAGUAUACCAACAAAUAUUAAGUGCUCAUGCUCAAAGCCAAAUGUGCUCUCACAGUAUUUGUGGCAGUGGCAAUUCUUUGGAAUUGUUUCUGUUAAUUAAAAAGUACUAAUGCUGGGGAGAAAUGCAGUUGCUUUAAAAGCCAGUGGAAGAAAAAUCUGUGGAAUGUUCUUCCACUUCAAUCUUCUGAAGUUGGAUCAGUAAACAAAAGCCCAGGUUAAUCCAAAUGACAAGUCAUAGGGCAUUUCAAAGAACUAUUGCUUUUGUUGGUACAUAGACCUUGUGAGUUUGGAGUGGAGACACUCCAUAUUCAAGGUUUUAUGCAUUACAGAACUGAGAUUCUGUAUUUCAAAUAUACUCUGUAACGGGUGUCCAUAUUCCCACUUUGAAUAGAAAACAGAGGGAAUUUAGGGGAAGAUGUAAAUCAACGUAAGGAAAAGUGAGCACAACAGCCCUAGCACCUUUGGGCAGACCCAGCCAUGAUGUAUAUCACAGCCUUUUGGCAAGGAAACAGCUGUACCUGGAAAACUCAGAAUCUAGCAUCAAUUCAGCAUUCAGUGAGUUUGCAAAAUAAGUGUAAUUUAUGCAGCCAGAAAGAUGGAGCAAGAAAAGCGAUUAACAGGAGGAGACAGGAUAUGAUGUUUUAUUAUUCCACAAGCUCAGUGUGGAAGUUGCACUCACUUUGCACUCACAUGCCCUGAAUGUCAAAUACUUACAGCAUUCAGAUGUUCUUAGUGAUUAAUGUACAAUGCAGCAGGCUGAAAUCCUAUUUUAGAAGUUGCAGAGUGUCUUUGGUUGACUGCGGUCCUUUGACUACCAUUGCUGGAGUCAUGCUUGUUGUUCAGUCUUACUGAUCUCUUGUUUGUUCAGUCCUGUUGGUGUCCCUGAAUGCAGCAUUAGUCCAGAUCUGCAGCAGGGCAGGAGUAAAGCUUUCUUUACUGUGGCUCUUUACAUCUUGUGUACAGUUAUAAACUUUGCAGGAUAUGCAGUGUGUUUUCAGUGUGUUCUAAAAGGGAGGUCUGAAACAUCCAAAUUUAAACUCUUCUUCCCUUCUCAUUACCACAGCUGCUUUCCUGACUUCUCAUAGUUGCUAUGAGGUUGAAACGGAUACUUUAAAACUUUUUGAUUCAGAGUAGCAGCAUUUUACUUACUCAAAUCACUAGCCAAACCAAUUUCCUCUUAUUUUCUCUUGAUCUUUUUUCUCUUAUUUUGCCAAGAAAGGGACAUUUAAGCUGGAGUCAGACAAGUAGUUCGUGUAAAUAGGCCUCAUUCUAGAGCAUCUUAAUACAACAGCAUUGCUUUACACUUGCUGAAAACCUGGCUCUUCUGCAGCAGCUCAGGAACAAAGCCCGUAGUGUCUGCAGCAUGUGCAGGUGUAUGAUUGCUCAGCAUCCCUCAUAGCACAGCUCACCUGUAUUUAGUACAGUAUAUUUGAUUCAGCAUAGAGAUCUCCAAUGCAUGCAUUUUUCAAUCUAGUAAAAACAAAUCAGUAAUUUCUCACAGCGCAGGUUCUAUACAGGAUUCUUCAAGUAUUGGUUUCAGCGAACAGAGGCAAGGUUUUCUCUGGUAGGUGGUGUUGUGGCAUGUUGUAUGUGUAACUAGUGAACGUGAUUUGGUCUUUGCCAUGGCAGUUUCUGCUCAGGAGUUGCUCUAAAUGGUGCAGCUGGAUGCCAUGCAGCAGCACAGCCCCAUAGGGAUGUUUCUUACUGCCUGGACUUUGCACUGAUGUUCUUGCUUCUGGCUCUGCUCAAUUGGAAAUUCAGGAGGGAAGGAAAGAGCCAGAUGGACUAAUUUCUACUGAUGAGAAUUCUUUAAGUAGCCUAGAGGAGAGAGAACCCAAAAAUGGAAUGUGAGAUGGAAGCCUACAUUGCAGUUUGUGACUUUAUUUUAUUUUUAUUUUUUAAGUCUGCAUCAUUAUUUUCCCAUUGGAUCUCCUUCAUCUUGUCCCUAUAAACAAGAGGUAUGCAGAAAAGUACCAGUUCUUCUUUAAUUAUUAAUAUUUUUUCUUAUACUUUCUGCAUGGAUUUCAUAAUAAGCACAACACUAAUGGCAAAAUGCAUAAUCAGAUAUUGCCUGCAUUUUUUGUUUGUUUGCUGUUAGCUUAAAGCAUGAUUGAAAUCAUGACUGUGAUUGAAAUCACGACUCCAUUUGUUAACCACAGCCACACGGUGAUCAUUUUUCUCUUGUUUUAGUACCUAGCAUCUAAAGAUUUUAAAAUAUGGUAUAGAGUCUUCUAAUCUCAACGAUGUUCUUUGUGGUUUCACAUCUUCUCUGAUAGCUACCAGUUCCCUUACUGCAUAACGAGCAGUUAGUUUUGUAGCAAGCUCUGCGCUAAUACAGAUUAUACUUUCUGGCUCAGCUCUUACGUAGGUAGUGCUUUAUAAUUAAUAAUAGCACUGUGCUCUUGUGCUGAAUUCUAGCAGGAGUUGACACUGUGUGGAGGAAUGUUAUCCCCUUUUGUUACAUUAGCAGUGCUGUCAGAGCAAGAAGCUGGCAGAGUCUCUGUCCUAUGCCAAGCUCAGCUGGCCCCAGUUGACAGGCCAAGGAGUGUGUACCUGUCUGGAGAGUUGUGAGAUGUAAUUAAUGUUACAGUAUCCUUCAGUGCACCUCUAGCAGUUUUCUGUAGUUGCUAUUGAGCUGUAUUUGUAUUAUGUUUUUUGUAAUUUCUUUCAUUUGACUGAACCUUUCUGUUGCUCACAUGGGUAUUACUAGACUGGAUGAGCGUGGGUCUGGUGAAAAGUUAAAAUUUCAGUUGCUUUUUUUCCUUUUCUUUGCACUGUGCUCUUCAGAGAAGCAGAAAGUUUAAGGGUGAGUGACUUGACUUGGCUUCAGGAGUGGCAAAUGUUAUUUAUACAGGCAGUUAUUCUCCUUGCUGCUUUGUAGUGUUUCACUUUAGCUUGCAAAACCAGGCUGAGCUUGCUUUUAAACUACAUACAGUUUUUAUCUGUACACCAAAUGUACAUGAAAAUAUAACUCUUUGCCAGGCAAGUAAAUGAAGGCUGGCAGCACUUAAUUCUACUUUUACUGUUCAAUGGGAUUUAUGCUAUUUAAUGUCUCUUUACAUGUUACAUUUGUGUCCUGGGAGUGAGUCUGCCAUAAGCUUCCUGCUGACAGGGGAAGAAUCCCACCAUGUAUUGUGCUACUUCUUGCUCACUCGUCCCAAAGCUACAGACCCUCAGUGGCAUCUUUGUGUUUUGUUCAUCAUAAAUGUUUUGGGACUUUUAUUUAAAACAGGACUGUUUUCAUGCCGUGAUCGAAGCCAAACGCUUUCUCUGCAAAGAAAGCCCAGCAGUGUGAGAGCUGGAGCUCUGUACAGCUGGAUUCAUCAGAUUUCCCCAGGCAGUCCUGGUCCCACAGCACUAAGCUCGCCUGUCUGAGUAAGUGUUUGCUGCCAUAGUGAAGGGCUGCAGAGAUGAGCCAUGGGAAGUAGUCUGCACUCCACUCGAUUUCUCCAGGGUGGUUAUUCCAGCCCUGAGUUUGGAGUCACUUCGCCUUGCAACCCUGUUUCUGCUUAGAUUACUCAGUGUACAUGAUUUCUUCCUUGUCCUUUUAUCUGCUCUUCUAGGAGACAGGAUUAGAAGGACUGUGAGAGAUCCCUGUGCACAUCCUUGAACCUAGGCUGAGGAGAGGAGAGCAGGAUGUACCACAGCCCCCCUGCUGCUGACUGUACUGCUUAGCGCACUGGUAGGAAAGUUAAGCCAAAUCUGCUUUCCAACAAAACAUGUAUUGUUCUGCCACACCAAACUAGAGAACAGUUGCUGUGAAAGGAAAAAAAAAUAAAUCCUUUCUGCCCACAUAAGCCUGAUGUGAAGACAUAUGGAAACACUGCACACAUUCAGCUUUCACCAGCACCGGUGGUCACACACUGCAUCCCUACAUGGUCUCUCUGCCUCAGCACUCAAGUCCCAUCAUUAUUCUUUGUUGCAGGUCUUCACCUGUUAUUGUAGACUCACAGAAUUGUAAUCUCACUAAGUUUGGAAAAAUCCUCUAAGAUCAUCUACUCCAGCUGUCCAUCUACCAUUAAUAUUGCUCACUAAACCAUAAGUACCACAUCUGCACAUUUCUUGAACAUGUCCAGGGACAGUAACUCUACUACUUCCCUAGGCAUCUUGUUCUAGUGCCCAACCACUUUUUUGGUGACCUUGCUUUUGCUGAUAUGCAACCUGAACCACUCCUGGUGCAACUUGACACCAUUAAUCUUGCAGAGAGAGAAGUGCUACAUAUGCUUGCAUGCACGCAGAGGCUGGUAUAAACUCAGAGCAGCUCGUGAGCAAUCUCUACAGCCAGGUGCAGAGUUGUCCUUUUGCUUCUAAUGCCUCUAGCACAGAAGUAAGGAAGCAGUUUGGAGCUUACUGUAAAGGUGCAGAUAAUAUGAGUGGUAGGCUGGCCUCUUGGGAAGUGGUAAUUGAGCUGUAAAAGCCUAACAAAUCCAAGAAGCAGCCUAAGAGAAAAGCCUCUGCUCAACACUGCACACCAGGCUGUAGUUUCAAACUACAAGACAUUGCUUACAAAAGCCAGCAGGAGGCUAACUAGUCAUUGUCAGUAGGAGUCUGAGCCCCUUAAGUCAGAGCAAAGUUAUUAAAAUGCAGAGUUUACUUGUUUAAAAAAUAAAAGGGCUUCUAGGGAGAUUAAUUUUCACUUCAGUCUGGCAAUCAUUUCAUAAACAUGCCAGUGUGAUUUAAGGCAAGCUGGAUCUGUUCUUCUCUGGAUUAUGCAUCUGAUUUGUCUGCAGAUUUCCCACCCCUCACAAAUAAAAACAGUUUUAUUGUUUUAACAAAGAGGAUUUUAAAGCAAAGUUUAAUCAAAAUGCCACUGGCACCCGUGCUGAACUGAGCUUUUCUGUAAUGAACGUACAUUUAUCAGGGGUAUAAAGAAAACAGCUGAGGACUCAACUCUGAAUGGUUAUUUGGAGUUUGAGUCAUCUCUGCUGUUGGUGUAUUUCAUUAAGACCACUGUGAUAAUGCACUGGUGAAACACAUGGAGCUGAAAUGAGACUUUUCAUUCCCAUAAAGAGAUUGUUCCUGUACUAAGCAAGUAAAUUCCAGAAAGUCUGGAAUUUCCUUUAUAGGAACCCUGUGUCCUCUGCUAGACUGGCACGUACAAUGAAUGCACCAGAUUUUGAGCAACAAAUGCUUCUUCAAGAGCUGUUUGAGUAUUUGAGAUUUCUCAUUCUGCUAAUUGCAUCACCCUUGUUGUCGGAGGUAGGGGGUAUGUUUUCAUCCUGUGGAAUGCUGUGCACUAUCUCUGAGGUUAUGAAUAGCUCUAAACUUCACUGCAGUGAAUGCUCAAGCUUUGCAGUGUCUGAAGCAUUAUAUUGUCUCAAAGGAUCAUAUCAUGGAGACAUGGUUUAGUGGGCAUGGUUGGGCUAGAUGAUCUUUGAGGUCUUUUCCACCUUGAUGAUGCUAUGGUUCUAUUUGUAUGCUGUAAAAAUAGCUAAGGAUCUGCUCCAUUCUUUUGGAGAUACAAGGAGAAUGCUGGAGAAAUCAACCCAUCCCAAUUGCAGAUUGCUUCUUAACAGAGUCCUUUGAUUUCAGGGUGUGUCAUACCUUGUGAAAAAUUCUAUUAGGUAUUUUAAGUGCCUCUUUCUGGCAAAAGUCUGGCUGUCCUACAGCCCCAAAUCUGCACCUUCUUCCUAAUGAUCUGCACUGUUACACCAGGAGAGGGGGAUCUGUGAGUAGCUGUCAGCUGAGGAGCAAACUGAGGCAGGCAGGGGAGGAUGACGAAUUCCAGCACGUGAACAGGUUCAAAUAUUUAGAACCUGGAAGCAAAGGGGAAGGUGGGAGACAUUCUCCAUGGCUCUUCAGUUCCAGAAAUUAAAAGCAAGCACUACUGCCUGGAUGUGGAUGCUAAUUCUCUCUGGGGUUUGAGAACUGUUGUAUACAGAGAUAGCCUUUCAAUGCACAACUCAAAGCUAAAGCACAGAAGAAAACUAGUAUAUUUUAGUAAAACACCUUGGAAAUAAAAGUAAUUUACUUGAAAUAAAUUCACCAUUGAUUCCUUCUAGUUAACUUGCGUCAAAAAACAUCUACUUCUAUUUUGCAGCUUUGGGGUUUGAAAUGGCUUUACCUCUUUUUCACCAGAAUCAUGGAGUAUAUAUACUUCUCCAUGCUAGCUGUAAGUAGCUUUGACAGUUCAAUAAAUACAUUCUGUGUUCUUUACAGCUGACCCUAGGUAAGGACAGCCUUGAGGAUGUGAAGCAGCGUUGCAUAAAUGUGUAGAGUACAUAGCAACACUGAGAAGAGAGAUGCUGCUGCAUUGCUUUGGUGCACUAGACAUACAUUAAAAUUCUGUCAUUGCAAGGUCGCAUUGCUCAUCUCAUACUCUACAACCCUGGAUAAGAAUGGAGGGUGGGGGAGGAAGAGCAGAAAUUUCCACCUUGUGCUUUAGCUGAGAAUAUACUCAUCAGCAGCAUUUCUUUCUAUUUCAAAAGAGCAUGCUAUUUCGUUUUUAGGGAUACUGGUUUCCUGGUGCUGAGUAGUGGUGUUUGCAUGUUAGUGGUAACAUGUUACUUCUGAACUGAAUAAAUAACACCUCCGGGUCUUUUCUUCUCCCUUAAAUUAUCAAAGAGAAAUACUUAAUACCAUAAAACAUACAGAGUGGACUGUGCCCUAAGCUGCUCCCAGUGCAGCCUGGUUAGCACAGUAUUGCACAGAAACUCUGCAAGCUGGUGGGAAGAAGGAAGGUUUAGGCAAAGAGGAAAGAACUUUUGAAGGAGAAGCACAACAGUAAUAUAUCAUUUGAAACCUGAAGCAGGCAUGUCACAGCACUGGCCAUCACAUCUGAAUGGUGCUGAGUCAGAAACCUACCCAACAAGUAUACCUGGCAACAAGGAAAGUUCAGAGCUGUCCACAAUGUGAAAUGAAAGCAAAUUAGGUGAGCCACCUGUUUGGUUUCCAGCUUUGAGCUUGGACCUGCCCUGUCUGAGAACUUCUUGUAUAGAUGAUGAGGUGGUCUGACUCCCAAGUGUGGACUCAAUUGUGUAGCUAACUGAGGGUAUGUACAUCCCCUUUGUAUUUAUAUGGCUUUGCAAAAGCAAAUUGCUCAGUGACUGGGGGCAGAGUAUCUGUAGGGUUAGUUGCUCAAAAUCCUGUUCUUUCCUGCUAAGCACAAUGGCCUGACCAGAUGAGGAUGAUGACUGCCAGUUUCCAUUGGUAAAUGAAUAUGGCCUGCCCAUAUUCACACUCAUGUUCAUGGGAAAAAAGGGAGAAUCUGCAGAGAAUAUCUAAGUUCUUUGUUUUUCCUUUAUUGUGUCAGAACAACAUAAUUAGCUGAUGGAAGAGAAAUGAUUAAAUUGGGAAGAUUAAUCCAUGGUAUUCUUUCUGAUUCCUUAAAUGCUUGUAACUAUUCAAACUGUGCUUUUUGAGAGAAACUUAAUGGACACAGUGCUCUCAAGCAGAGUUAAACAACACGGCUGAGAUGCAGUGUGGCAAAGUGUCUCCUAUUGACUGUGAAAUAUCAUUGUCUGUUGAAGCUGGAGGCAUCGGUGCUUCCAUUAGUCCCAGUGUAUUCCAUGGAAAACUAGUGGGAGCUGAGCAUUCAGCUAUCCCAUUUCCGCCCUGUAUACCUCCAGUCUUCAUCUGGGUUUGGUGCUGACCUUUAGAUUACUGUAAGCCACCUUGUCCAUAUGUCACCGAAUCACAGAAUCACAAAAUGGUUUGGGUUGGAAGGGGCAUUUAAAGAUCAUCUAGUUUCCUUCUCUGCAGUCACUCCCCUCCCUCAACAUCUUGUAUGUGUCAGGAAACCCCCUCUGCUUCCCUUCACUCAGGAAAAUGAUACAAUGGGAAAUGCAGAGUUUAUUUUAUUCAUAGCCAUAUUCAUAGCCAUAGCCACAGCCUAGUCUCCAGCCUUUAUAAUGCUCCUAAUGUAUCUGAUCUAGUGAGAGUUAUCUAGUCACCUUAAAUAGCAUUAGUUGAAUGGAUGCAGGAUUCUAGCCCUGAAAAUGCUUUUUUAGAAUGGGAGGAGAGGCUGUGCCACAAUGAUGGGUAAAUGGGAAAAACACAGAGUAGACAAGAUUAUAUCAUCUUCUGGAUAAGAAAUGGGAACCCAUUUUGUGAAAUUCAGACUGUGACCAUCAGUGAAAUUAAGUCAUGUUUCUGCUUUCACACGUAGGCACUGCAAGACAGAGGUCAGUGAUGGAAAGAGUUUGCUUCUUUCAAUUACAUUCUCUAUUUUCAUACAACUCCUAGUUUAUCAGUGGCCCAUAAAUUCCUUCUUUCACUGAUUAAAUAUUUCCUCACCUGAUUUCUUUGCUUCAGGGAGCUUGAAAGCUCACUGUUCAUAAAGGGAAAGAAGGAUUAUGCUGUUAAGCAGACAGCUCCCAACACAUAUGUUCUGCUCUGCAUCUUUGAGGAGGCACUGGUGCUUCUACAACUCCAGAAGGGCAGUUUUAUUGAGAUUCAGAGGCAGCCAAGAGCCUCUUCCAGGAUUUCGAUGUUGAUGAAGCUCUGGGUUAAUUAAUUAGCUUUUUUUUUUAAUCAAGAAGCUUUAGCCCAUCUGUGCGAGGCUGUGAAACCCGUAAUGCUACUUAGCUUUUCUUUCCCUGUGUUCCUUUCAGUCAUUUGCAAGAGCAAAUUUGAUGAAGCACAUUUGGGUAAAGAAAGGUUUCCUGAUCUGUGAGAAUUUAGAGGAACUGUGACAUGUCCCUCAAACUGAGAAUCAAAGAGAUAAAUAGUUUGGGCCAGCUAUAUUUAUUUCAUAAUGUGCAAAUGGUUUUGU